ACUCAGACACGUAGACCUACAAAACAGCCUUUCGUACUUGUUCCUUCUUCCAGCCUUUAAAUUCCGAGUGACGAUACAAAUAUACCAUUCGAUUGUUUGCCACAUGAUCACAAACAUGUCUAAGCCCAAUGAAAUUUUUUUAAGUACAGUAAUACUGAGUGUUCUAUUUUCUAUAGCUAUUAAAGCCCAGAACACUGUCAACGAAAAGCAUGAAACAGUGUUAAACGAAGAUUAUGAAGUCUUGUUAAAGUGGCGAGUUGACGGCGAUGUUAUUUUCUUUGAAAUGAGUGCUCAAACUCAGGGGUAUGUUGCUAUUGGUUUCUCUCCAAAUGGUGGCAUGCCUGGUUCAGAUAUUGUAGCAGGAUGGGUAAAGGACGGCAAAGCAUUUAUAUCCGAUUUUUACGCCACCGAAUUCGCCAAGCCGAUUAUGGACUUUUCCAAUGAUUAUGAGCUUCUAUAUGGAUCCGAAGAAGGCGGCAGAACAACAGUCGGAUUCAAACGGAAGCUACAGACUUGUGACACCAGUGACUAUAAAAUCACGGGUGACACGGCAAGAAUUAUUUGGGCUGUGAAUGAUAGAGAUCCUGCUACUCUAGAUGAUCUCUCGUACCAUGGAUCAUCAAGGGGCGUGCGAUCACUUGUCCUGCUCGAUGCCACAGCCAAGCUGCAUGAGCUACCUAAAGAUGCAGACAGCUUUGAACUUCUUUUACCUAAUGUGGCCGUGCCGAGCGACGAUACAACGUAUUGGUGUUCAACUUUUGCAGUACCUAAAUUCGAUAAGCCUGUGCAUGUGUUUCGAUUUGAUACGAUUGUGCAAGAAGGCCACGAAGCUCUUGUGCACCAUACGCUACUGUACGGUUGUCGUGGUAAUGUUUCGUCAGUUCUUGGAUAUUCAAGUACUUGCGAAAGGGAUAAUAUGCCUCCUGAUCUCGAAAAAUGCUCUCGAAUAUUGUACGCAUGGGCAAUAGGUGCCGGAUCGUUCGAGUUUCCAGAACACGUUGGCUUACCACUUGGCGGUGAAAGUGAUCCAACAUUCUUUUUUGUUGAAAUGCAUUAUGACAAUCCUGGACGUAGGGCAGAUUUCGUUGACAGCUCUGGAUUCAAAGUCCAUUAUACAUCGACUCCUCGUCAAUACGAGGCUGACAUCUGGAUGGUAGGCGAGGCUUUUCGUCCAACGGGUCAAAUGAUUCCUCCAAAGGAAUCUGAUUUUAAAACAAUGGGAUUUUGUUUGGGUGAUUGCACAAAAGUGAGCAUGUCGGAAGACAUCAAAGUGUUCGCAGCGUUCCUUCACGGUCAUCUUACAGUUCGGAAGAUUAGCAUGCAGCAUUAUCGUGACGGCAAGCUUAUUGACGAUAUUCGUGACGAUAACUAUGAUUUCAACCUUCAAGAAACGCGUCUGCUGACAGAGGAACGAAUUUUUAAGCCGGGUGACGAUUACGUGGUGACAUGUUCUUACAACACAAUGGACAGAGAAAACAUUACAGUUGGAGGUGAAAGCACAACGAAUGAGAUGUGUGUAUCUUUCGUGUACUACUAUCCAAGACAAUCGAGAUUGGGUUACUGCUUAUCCAGUCCGAGUGAGGCCAGUGUCAUCAACAUGCUGGGACUAGACGAGGGUCAAAACAACUUAUUAAACCAAAUAAAGCAAAUGAAUUCAAAAGAAAUGAAAGAUGGAUUGAAAAAAGUGAUGAAGAAAGGAAAACGUUACAACUUUUGCAUAAAUCCUGUUACAACAAGAAUGCAUGAGGGUAUAGAAUUUGAAGUCGAUUUUCCACCAUGGUACAAAGAGGAUCAGCGAAUCAUAACACAAGAUGCGUGUGUAUUGGCCUCUAUUAAUAGUGGUAGCAAGAUGAUGAGGGCGGGCUAUUGGAACACAAUUCCGGUUUUUGCAAUCUUCAUGUGUUUGUAUGCGAUGUUUACAGUAUGAUGUUUUAUAAUUAUAUUACCAUGAGGAAAUAUAAGUAAAUUGUUGUGUUCCCUAUGUAUUUAUUAUUAGAUUAUUACAUAUGUAGGUGUAUUAUAAUACAGUAUCUUGAAUAUUAGGGCUAUGUAAAUAGAAUGAUUAUUUAAAGCUGGAUUGUUCCAUGAAAAUCUUGAGACAACUAUACAAAAUAUCUCAUAAAAUACAUUAAAAAUUAUAAAAAUUAUUUUUGAAAUUAACUUGCUGAUUUUAAAGUAACAUAUAAAUAUCAGUUUUGAACAUAGAAAUAUUAGUGUAUUAAAAAAUGUUUACCAAUUUUUCUGUGAUUAAAGAAAUACUUCCAGUCACUGGUGGAACAGUGUUUUAUUAUUUUUAUUAUCAUUAAUCAUUAUCCAAAUCAGACAAUUUUUUAUUCAAAUCAAUAACUUUUCUAUACUGAAAUUAGUAAUGUAUAUGUUACUUCAAAAUUAGCAAGUUAAUUAAAAAUUAUUUUAAUGAUAUUUUGUCAUUUUUAGGGGAAUUUUGAAUGAAAAUAUAAUGAGCAAAAUUAAGCUAUUUGGCAAACGACAGCUUAAAAACACCGUCUGAUAUCUUAAAUGUGUUUAUGAUAUAUUUAAAAUUACAGUAUCGAAACGAUCUAGGUACUUUGUAAACUAUAUUAUUGAACUGUAUUAUCAAUGCCAGAUCUUUGAGGUAGUUAUUCCUGUCUUUAUAUGAUAUAUUAUUAAAAAAAUAAACAUUGUUAUAGUGUUAAGCAGACACAAUGCCAUUUUGUUGAUCUGCUGUAGUUCUAAUGUUAACAUAAAUAUUCAUUGCUGAAUUGUUAGUCUUAAUUGCUAAUGAGUACCGUCAAUAUUUGUAAUAAACUGAGUAUUAUAAAGCACAUUA